AUGUACAACCAGCAGACCUUCCAAGCCUUUGCUCACAACUCGGGUCUGAUGCAGGAUGUUAAUUGCCAAUAUAAUAUGGGCAACUACACCAGCCUCGGGCACCCACACCACUCCCAGAGCUUUUUCCCCUUCUCCACCGUCAAGUCUGACUACGGGGACCUCGGGGUGCAGGGUGUGGGGGACUGUAUGGCACAGGCGUUGUCAUGGAACCACUUGGCACAGAUGGACGCGACCAGCCAGAUGACCAUUCAUUGUGACCAGCAGGGAGCAGAACAGAUGAUACCCAACCCAGAAGACGCAGAGAGCCACCCGAAAAAAGAAAUAGAGCCGGAGCCGGAGAUUAAAGAAGAGUCCCCAACAGCCAAACUCAACCCGCAGACGCACAAUGCCAUGGGAGCAACCUACUAUGCCCAGGCUUGGGGCGGCGGGACCUUCUGGUCCAACCCGGGCACCACAGCAGCCAACAAGCCCCAAGCCAGUGUGAAACCCACUCCGGUACAGCAGUUUUCACAGAGCCCGACUGGUGAAAGUGGGCUCUCCAGCCUGGAUACCAGCCGCUGUAGUAACUCUACCAGCCCGGUCCCCAAUGUACAGAACAUUGUCAUCCCCCGGACCAUCUCCAGGGCGGGCAGCGAGGGCAUCGGCAGCGACAUUGAGGAGGAAGUCCCGACAUCUGCAGAGAUGGAACAGUUUGCCAAGGAUCUGAAACACAAACGGAUCACUCAUGGCUACACGCAAGCAGAUGUUGGCUAUGCCCUCGGACUUCUUUAUAACAAAACUUUUAGUCAGACGACCAUCUGCCGAUUUGAGUCUCUACAGCUAAGCUUUAAAAACAUGUGCAAGCUGAAACCGCUACUAGGCAGCUGGCUGCUGGAAGUGGACACAAGAGAGGACAUGCAGGAGCUCAUCAGUCGGGGACCAGUUUUGCCUCAGAUCCAGAAGCGAAAGCAUCGAACAAGUAUUGAGAACAACGUCAAACGCAGUUUGGAGAAUUAUUUUAUGCACUGCUCAAAGCCCGGUGCACAAGAGAUAUCCCAGAUUGCCAGGGAACUAAACAUGGAUAAAGAUGUUGUCAGAGUCUGGUUUUGUAACCGUCGGCAGAAAGGAAAACGGCAGGUGCACCCCUACCUUAGGGAAAAUGGUGGAGAAGCCUACGAUAUUGUCCAGUCCCUCUCACCUUCAAAUGCAGGCCACUAUGCCCUGUCUCAGGUGAUGGCAUCUCAAGGUUUUGCCCCAACAUCCCUCGGUUCCAACCCUGCACUUUACAUGUCUGCCUUCCAUAAAAGCGAGGUCUUCCCCCAGGCCAUGCCUCACGGAAUGUCCAUAGGCAAUCAUGCCACUUAA